AUGCCCAUCUGUCCAGUGGAAUUUGGGGGUUCUGUGGCAAAACGGCCUGCUAGCCAGGAUUCCGAAUGCUUGGGGGUCCCGCCAUAUGCAAUCUGCAACCUGCAAUCCUCCUCUCCGCCGCCCGUCCUUGGAGGAACACCGGUCGGUAUUCAACCACAGCCAACCAAGCCGUUUCCCGACCAGACGCCCGUCACGACGACCAUCGACGAGCCCAAUGCCAACGUCGACGGGAGUCAGCAGGGCUUCUCGCAAUUAUCAAAUGCCUUCCCUUCAACCUGGAUAUCUUUCGCCUAUAAUGAUUGGCUCUGCAUUCGGCCCCGAGCGGUGGCUUGUCUUACGGGAUGGAUUGAUGAUUUGCUUUUGCAACCAACGGUACGAAUACCUGCCACUUGUCAUUCGCAACAAUUGGCCGACCCAACAGUCCAAUGGAGGACGCUGGCAACCCAUACAUUCGCCGUGCGUCUGUGGAUCUUGAACGCAAAGUUCGAAAAUUGCUUCAUGCAACUUCAGUCGGUCGGGCUCUUCGUAGACUCUUCUCGCUUGCAGAUCCAAGCUGUCAGAGCAACUUCGGUUGCGGCCGACUAUUGGGUACCAGAGGAAUUUCAGGACAAUCAUAUGAAGGGACAUGAUACAUCAACACAAAACCGCAUCGCCUUGGUUCCUGAUGCAGACCAUCAUUUCGUGGGAUAUUGUUUUGCCCAGGCCAACGACCAAUCACCGAACAUGAUCUCCGGGCCUCUGCGUUUGUUUUCUUAA